AUGUCCCUGGCGUUCAGAACACUCUCAUUUGGAAUUAAAAAGGCCCCGCCGAAGAAAAAAGACGCUGAUCAUUCGAAGAAAGAGCUAUCAACAAUCACAGCUGAAUCAUUGAAAAGAUAUGAUGAGCUCCGCGAGAAAAUGAUUGGAAAAGUUGAGACGAAAAAAGGGAAGAAGGUUAAGAAAGCAGUGAAGAAAGAUUGGAGACUCGAGAAUUCAUCCAUUCGACUUUUAUCAUCGAGAAAGCGAGAUCAUGAAUCAGAUGAGGAUUCAGAUGAGGAAGCAGAGGAAUCUGUUGAUGAAGUGGAGAAAAAGAUGCAGAAAUUGCUUGACGACAUCCGUCGUGCCAACAGAAUCUUCACUUGGGGAGACAACCUUCCAAAUAUUAUUCUUCGAUUCACUGAUUCUAACAUCUCAAGUUCUCUUUUGAGCCGUCUCACUGGUCAAUCCAUCCGUCAGCCAUCUCCAAUUCAGAUGCAAUCGAUUCCAUUUAUGAUGAAAAGAAGAAAUAUUCUAGCUAGUGCUCCAACUGGAUCUGGAAAGACGCUGGCAUUCGCUCUUCCAGUUAUUGAGGAGAUUCUGGAAUUGAAGCAACGUGCUGAUUAUUCUAAAUCUUCGAAACUGCUUACGAUUGUUCUUGAGCCAACUAGAGAGCUAGCUGCACAGACCUACACUGAAUUCGUGAAGUAUUGCGCUGAAACUUCGAUUUCUGUUGCGAAUUUCAGUGGAGAGGAGACGGAUAUUCAGCAUGCAGAUAUUCUCGUUUCGACACCGAAUCGAAUUGUUUUUCAUUUGGAUAAAAUUGACACUUCUGCAUUGAGAUGGCUGAUUGUUGAUGAAUCUGAUAGACUUUUUGAAGUUAUUGAAGGACAAGAGAAGUGUUUCCGUAAUCAAUUGGGAGCGAUUUACAAGGCUUGCGAUGCGAAAUGUACUCGAGUCGCGUUCUUCAGUGCCACGUUUUCACAUGAAGUCGAGAAAUGGUGCAAAGAGAAUAUCGACAACAUCGGAAUGGUCUGCGUUGGAGAGAGAAAUUCUUCGAAUACGAGUGUAAAACAAGAACUGACUUAUUGUGGAACUGAGGACGGAAAGAAGAUUGCCAUCAGAAAUUUGCUCCGAACUUCUUUCAAACCACCAGCUCUCGUCUUCGUGCAGAGUAAAGAUCGAGCUGUUCAACUGGUCAAACUUCUCUCUGCAAUCGAUUCGAAUCUCAAAGUUGACUCAAUUAAUAGUGGAAAGAGUGACAAGGAGCGAGAUGAGACUAUGGAAAGAUUCAGAAGAGGAGAGAUCUGGGUUCUCGUUUGCACUGAAUUAUUGGGAAGAGGAUUGGAUUUAUCUGAUGUUGGAUUGGUGAUUAAUUAUGAUUUACCUACGUCGAUUGUCAGUUAUAUUCACCGAGUCGGAAGAACUGGAAGAGCUGGAAAGAGUGGACAUGCUGUGACUUAUUUCACGGAUACUGAUAUGAAGUAUAUCAAAUCUAUUGCUACAGUAAUCCGACAAUCUGGUUUUGAAGUUCCCGAAUAUUUGUUGGAAAUGAAGAAAGUUUCGAGAGAUCGAAAGAAAGAGAUGCUGAAACACGCUCCGAAACGUCACAGGAUUGCGAUGGUGAAGGAGCAAGUUAUCAAGAGAAAGAAGAUGUUGGCGAAGGCUGCGGCUGAUAAGAAGAAGGAAGAGACUGCGGAGAAGCCGAGAACGGAGAAAAUCAAAACCAAGAAGAAGAACGGGCUUAUCAAAAAGAAGAAAUUGUAG